GACAAAUUAAUCACAAGUACUUUAUCAUUGUUGGUUCUGCUUUUGUGUUGCUGUUUUUGCAAAGGUACUAGCGUAUCUUUUUUUAUGUACUGUAGUUUGGAUCAAAACUAUACCUCUACGUGUUAUGACGUUAAAAUUAAGAUACCAUGUGGAGGAACAAGGAAUGAGCCUUAUACUGGAACUCUAGGAAGAACAGUUAAGAACUGAUAGAGCUAUCCGGUAUAAAAUAAUGUUUAGUUGAUAGUAAUGAUAGUAAUAUUACAAGACCAUUUGAAUGGACCUUACUGGACCUCUAGGAAAACUUUAGAACUGAUAUAACUAUCCAGUAUAAAAAAAGUUACUUUAGUUUAGGUUUCCUCUUGUAGUAAGUGUAGUACUACAAGAUCUCUAGGGAGAACAGUUUAGAACUGUAGUGAUUAUCAAUAAGAGAUUAAUCUUAUUGAACGCCCAGAGAGAACAGUUUAUAGAACUUAUAGAGCUAUCCACCGUAAACGGGCUUGUAUAAUUCGGUUUAGAGGGUAACUGAGUAUAUGUUCUUAUUUUACUCUGCACAGGAGCAGAACACAUGAGAUGUAAUCGUACCUCGGACAAGAUCGGAUGCUUCAAGAGGAGUCUUCCAUUUAUGGGAGUGAAGUUGUUUGAUAUACUGGUGAUGACGGAUCGAGACUGGACGGCACCGCAGUAUGGUGGUCAGGAUAUUGACUGGUUUAACUGGGCGGACUAUAUACAUGGGUAGGCUGUCCAAAAUCUUGAUCAAUAACAUUUUUUUCGAUUUUAUUUUGAACACUAAUGCUUUAAGGGAUAGUUCGUACCCCCCACCCCCCCCCAAAAAAAGAAUACUUUGCACAUCCCUAGAAUGUUUUCUCACCUCACCUAGAGAAAUUUGCACGCAGCCCCCCAUAAAUUUUUCAAUGCUUAUUGUAUUAAAUUACAGUACUGUGAUUGAAACAUGGAUUUUGCUAAAUAAGACCAAAAAUCUCAAAAUUUCCUGGGGGGCUUCAUCCCCUUACCCCCAAACUCCCCCGGCUGCGCCCACAUACCCCUGCUGCAGCUUGCUCGGUGACGCUAUGUGUCCCCUCACUCACCUCCCACCCUGAAUUUUCGGCACCCCCUCCAGAGAAUAUUCUGUAAAUCUGUCUAGCUAUGGUCCCUCGUAUGUAUAUAUUCUAUAUAUAUAUAUAUAUAUUGUACAAGCCUUAUGCACCAAUGUUUGAUUGAUUUCAACCCUAUAGGUUUAGAUGCCGCUGUUACGAGAGACUUAAACAACUCGCAAAAGACAAUGAUAAAAAAUAUCACCACUUCUCAAUUUCAAACUACGGGGAAUGCUGGACGUCGGAGGAUAUUAUCUACGACUUGGCAAAGCUUGGUUUGGACGAUACGUGCGUCGGGGAUGAUUUUCUCUCGUGUCGACUCGAGACAGAGAGCGAGUGCUUUGGCGCAGCGAACAGUCAGUUUGUUUAUCAUGUUCAUUAUGAGCACGAACCGCACGUAGAUGAGUUCGAAAUUCUGAACAGUGAAUGCACAAUCGAGACAUUGACUGUUUGCAUUUCACCCAGUACUUCGUAUGCUAGUUCAACUGUUCAGCCAUAAUUCCAUAACGAUUGUAUUAUAAAGAACGAUUGAUAACUUAUUUAAUCAGUGUUUGUAAUACAGGGUGUAUCAAAAAAAGCGCAAUCCUCGACUGAAAUUAAUGUAAAUUGCUAAAGAAAUAAUAGACCAAAACGUUAAAGUUUACAUUCAUUUUAAAGCGUAGCCAUUCAGCUUUCUAACAAUGGGUUGUUUCUUAAAUUUGACUCAUUGGUUCGCGG